AUGUGUGGAUGAUUCUGCCGUGAGUCAGUAGAGUUCACUGAAUCGUUGCGAGGAACGUUUCCGCCCACAAGAAAGAUGGCGGCUCCCUUGCUGGAGAGUCUGUCGGAGUCCUUAGGUUCACCGGAGCCAGCGGUUCGACUCAUUUUAUCUAUUUUAAUCGGGUAUCCCUGUGCUCUGGUGUACCGACGGUUCCUGUUCUACCAAUCUACCACAGUCGUACACUUGUUCCAUGCAGUCUCAGGACUGGCUCUAGCAGCAUUCAACUUUGGCGCUCAAAUCUAUCACUCUGCAGUAUGCAUCCUCAUCCAGUUCCUGAUGCUGAGGCUCAUGGGAAGGACGGUAACAACUGUCCUGUGCAGCUUUACCUUUCAAAUGGUUUACCUGCUGGCAGGUUAUUACUACACCGCCACAGAGGAGUAUGACAUCAAAUGGACCAUGCCUCAUUGUGUGCUCACACUUAAACUUGUUGGUUUGUCAUUCGAUUACUAUGACGGCGGGAAGGAACCUGAUCAGCUGAGUACAGAGCAGAGGAAUGCAGCCGUGCCGUCGGUGCCCUCUCUUCUUGAGGUGUGCGGCUUUUCCUACUUCUACGGAGGCUUCCUGGUGGGUCCCCAGUUUACACUUCGCAGCUACCAGAAGCUGGUGGCAGGGGAGCUCACCGACUGCCCCGGAAAGCCCCCCAAUAGUGUUAUCCCAGCGCUGAAGAGAUUUGCUUUAGGUUUUCUCUGCCUGACGAUAUAUGCAAUAUUUAGUCCCUAUUACACAGACGGCUACUACUUAACAGAUGAGUAUGAGGCUCAGCCUUUCUGGUAUCGCUGUGUGUUUAUACUCCUCUGGGCUAAAGUUAUUUUGUAUAAAUACGUCAGCUGUUGGGUUAUAGCGGAGGGUGUAUGUAUAUUAUCUGGUUUGGGCUAUAACGGUGUAGUAGAUGGUAAGCACCAAUGGGACGCCUGUGCCAACAUGAAGGUGUGGCUCUUUGAAACCACGCCACUCUUUGGAGGAACCAUCUCUUCCUUCAACAUCAACACAAACGCUUGGGCUGCCAGACAUGUCUUCAAACGAUUGAAGUUCCUGGGUAACAAGACCCUUUCUCAUGUGGCCACGCUCCUCUUUCUGACGGUCUGGCAUGGCCAUCACUCCGGUUACAUCCUGUGCUUCUCCAUGGAGUUCUUCAUCAUCACUGUGGAGAGACAGGCCCUGGCACUGGUGAGAGACAGUCCUUUGCUAUCAAAGCUGGCCAACAGUGCGCUCUACCCUCUCAUCUAUGUAGUCCAGCAGUUUUUCCACUGGCUCUUCAUGGGCUACCCCUUAGUGCCAUUCUGCCUCUUCACCUAUGACAAAUGGCUCAAGGUGUAUUCAUCCGUGUAUUUCUGCGGUCACGUAUUUUUCCUCGUAGCCUUUUUAAUCAUACCAUACCUCCGGAAGGCGCUGGUGCCGAAGAAAGAACGGAGCCAGAAGCAGGAUUAAAAGUCGGUACUAAGACCUGGCAUGGUCUGUCUAAGGCUGAAUAUCCACUGAAGGGAAAUAUGACUUUCAAGGAGCAGAAUGGAAAAUAUUUUAAGGCCUUUAGUAAUAUAUAUAUAUACAUAUAUAUAUAUGUCCAUGUAAAAAUAAAUUUCUAUAUAUUUUUGUGUUUUAAAUGGGAGGGUGUUUUUAUAAACAUUUUGAGAAAUGUUUACAGGAAAUGACCAUCGUGCCACAUGGGGUAAUUGUGAGCCAAUCGGGCGGUUUCCUGUCUGUCAAUUUUUCUUUCCUCCUUUUUUUUUUUUUUUUUUUUUUUAAAAGAGAACUUGAGAGACUUACAUGCUGUCGACAAAGAUUUGCACUCACCAGUCACGGGUUCAGAGUCUGUCAUUGGCUCUGAUGUUUUUUUUGUUGUUGUUGUUUUGUUUCAUUUCUGUCUCAAAUCACCCAAAGCACCCACAUCUAUUGAGCAGCAGCAGGUUUUUACAGGAGGUAAAAGCAAAGCACACUUUCUGAUAUAAUAAUACAAAAGGCUCCAGCUUUCUGCAAAACUCAGACAAUAAUGAUCGUAAUAAAAGUAAUCAAAGGGUGUCGAAAAUGGCUGUCGGUGGUUAUAAAGGCACUGUAAAUCACUUACUGAACACUAACCCCCCCCCCCCCCAGUCAAAUGGCCUUGUAUUAAUGAAUGUUUUUAUAGAACUUUUGUUUAGGUUAUAAAUUGGUUUGGUGACAAGAAAAAAAAACACUUGAUUUUAUAGCGUUUUAACAGCUUUUAUGAAGAAAAACAAACAUUUUGUAGCUUUGGAUAAGAUUUCAUGAAUGAAUUUACAUUGUUCUCCUGGUUUGAUCUUUCAGUUUUUUGUACCCUCUUCUUCGCCCUCUGUUUAGCUCUGUGAUACGCAGAAGUAUAAAGUGGAUCAUUUCAUAAGGAAGCAUGCAAACUGCUCAACGUACAGCCACUACAGUUAUUCUGGCUCAUCAUGUAUUCACUUCAAUUUCCGUGAAUAUCGCGG